ACCAGCUAAAACCACCCAAACAGCUAAGGCUGGUUAAAGCUGGUCUUUUCAGUAGGAAGUUGUUGUCCAACAUUAAAAGUACUUCAUGAUAAUGUCUGAUGUACGACACAAAGUAUCCAGUUCAUAGGAAAUAAUAUUACAAAAAAAAAAACGAAUUAAUCAUAAGGAGCUUAAUUGGAUCUCUUUAAAGCUAGGGCCACACCAAAAGCUUUUUCAAGAUUUUCAAAAUGUGAGAGACCACAAACAAGAUGAAACAAAAUCUAUGAUUUAUCAGUGUUGUUCCUACAGUAUAUUGUGUGAAUUGAGGCUAUAUGGCCAUCACAGUACACCACACAUCUUCAAAUUCCUUUCACAAGUUCACAAACAACGCGAGUCUCGAUGGAGCACACAGGAAAUCUCGCAAUGCCUCAUUGUCAAACAUGAAUUCACAGUAAACAAACACAACAGACAGCAGACAUAAAGAACUUUGGACUGUGCCUGCUGCGCCAUGAAUGCAAGUGUUAUGAUUUUUUCUUUCAUCAUCUCACUUUCUGAUCAUAAAUAUUGAACAUGUAAAAUAUUUCUGAUUUGUGAUCGGAGCGCCUCUGACGUGCUUCCGAGCAGAUUCACGCGGUCUUAACACAACGCACACCAUAGAAAAAUCUGUUGAGAUAAUCGAUUCAACAUGAGAUAAACUAAUGGGCGAGGUCAACGUUCCUCCUUGUAGUUAAACACAUUAGACCCUGGACACUAAGAUGUACCCAUAAUCCCUCUACGGACCCACCUACACAGGUGAAUAUAAAGUCCAGAUCGGACAGCACACAGACACCAAACCUCAGCAGAGGAGAAUCCUGAACAUCUCCAUACACUGAGACAACAUGGAUCCAAGAGCCUCCUUCUCCAUUCUGAUGCUGCUGGUUGGCUUCUCCCAGGCACUUUUUCUACCGAAGCUUGCAGAUAUGUUAGUAUCAGAGCCAGAAAAUGUGGACAUCACUACAAAGAUUUUAGAGACCAACAAUGGAUCUACUGAAGUCUUGCUUGAAGGAGAUCUGGUGUUUCCCAAAACCAGAAAUGCUCUCUACUGCUUAAACAACAACUGUUUCUGGAAGAAAAAUGCCAACAAUCUAGUUGAGGUCCCUUACAUAGUGAGCAGUGAAUACACAUAUUAUGAGAAGAGUACCAUCCAAAAAGCCAUGACGUCCUUUCACAGCAAAACCUGCAUCCGCUUUGUGCCCAGAUCAUCUCAGGUCGACUACAUCAGUAUUGAGAACCUAGAUGGGUGUUACUCGUCUCUUGGUAGAACAGGUGGCAAACAGGUGGUCUCCCUCAACAGGGGCGGUUGUGUGUACCAUGGCAUCGUUGAACAUGAGCUCAAUCACGCCCUGGGCUUUUACCACGAGCACACCAGGAGCGAUCGUGACCAGUACGUCAGGAUCAACUGGCAAAACAUCUCUCCUGAUAUGGCCUACAACUUCCAGAAACAGAACACCAACAAUCAAAACACUCCAUACGACUACAGCUCCGUCAUGCACUAUGGAAAUACGGCCUUCGCCACCCAAUAUGGGCAGGAAACCAUCACUCCCAUUCCUGAUGCAUCUGUGCAAAUCGGACAGAGACAGGAGCUGUCUAACAUCGACAUCCUGAGGAUCAACAAACUGUAUGGAUGCUGAAGCUGAGGCUUAUGUACACGUGAUGUUACUGAUCAUUUAAUAUAAAUUAUGUGUCUGUAGAUGUUAUAAUGAGGGAAUGAAGUGAUGAUCUU